CAAUCUUCCCACUCCAUCAGCUGGUUCGGUGUAGGGCAGACGGCUGCAGCUUGGCCCAGCCGGGCUCCCGAAGCGGCGGGCCGCCAGCCCGGGCUCUGUGACGUCACAAGUCCCCCCCUCCUUCCCCCCCAAUCAGCAGUUCGGUGCGCGGCCGCCGCCCGCAGCCCCAGCUGCAGCCUCGGGCUAGUCUCGCGCCCGCCCCCUCGGCCCCCGGCCGCUCUGCGCGCUGCAUCCACCCACACUCCUCCCCUCUCGGCCCCGGGGAGCCUCGGAGCCGAGGCGGAGGCAAGCAGCAGCAGCAGCAGCAGCAGCAACAGCAGCCGCAGCAGCAGCAGCAACACCACGAACACUCCUACACGAUUACCACCAUCGCCAACCAACCCCCCCUCCGCACCGAUCGUUGGGCUCUACAGUCCCUCCGGGCCCCAGAAAGCACUAGUGGAAACUGAAGAUGGCGAGUCUGGGACCCCGGGAGGAGGAGCAGGAGGAAGGAUGCUGUGCGCGGGCAGCCAAGGUGGCUGCACCAGCUGCUGCCGAGGAGGAUGAGGAGGAAGAGGCUGCGCCCGUGGCGGCGGCGGCGGACACCCAGCUGGGGGCUGCGACUGGGGCCCCCCCGCCCUCCAAGGAGACCUCGGCGGAGCCCCACCGGCCGCUGGAAGAGCAGGAAGCGGCUGGUGGCCGCGUCGCCACAGCCGUGACUUGGUUGCUGGGGGAGCCGGUGCUGCUGCUGAGCUGCUGCGUCGGGGAUGCUUUGAGCUGGCAGAGGCCACUCCGCAGCCUGGUGGGCUUUGUCUGCGCCAACCUGCUGUUCUGGUUUCUUGCACUGACACCCUGGAGAGUAUAUCACCUGAUUUCAGUCAUGAUACUUGGGCGUGUAAUUAUGCAGAUAAUAAAAGAUAUGGUAUUAUCUAGAAUGAAAGGUGCACAAUUGUGGAGGAGCCUCAGUGAAAGCUGGGAAGUGGUAAAUUCCAAAGCUGAUGAAAAGCCCAGACUCAGCCAAUGCAUUGCAGAAUCAUGGAUGAACUUCAGCUUAUUUCUUCAAGAAAUGGCACACUUUAAGCAGCAGAACCCUGGCAAGUUUUGCCUCCUGGUCUGCAGUGUGUGCACAUUUUUUACAAUCUUAGGAAGCUACAUUCCUGGAGUCAUACUCUCCUACUUUGUAUUACUCUGUGCCUUUUUGUGUCCACUGUUUAAGUGCAAUGAAUUUGGACAAAGAGUAUACAGCAAGAUCAAGUCAUUUCUGCUAAAACUAGAUUUUGGAAUAGGAGAAUAUAUUAACCAAAAGAGGCAAGAGAAAUCUGAGGCAGAUAAAGAAAAAAAUCACAAAGACGACAGUGAAUUAGACUUUUCAGCCCUUUGUCCUAAGGUUAGCCUCACAACUGUUGCCAAAGAGCUAUCCGUGUCUGACACAGAUGUAUCAGAGGUGUCUUGGACUGAUAACGGGACCUUCAAUCUCUCCGAAGGAUGUACUCCCCAAACAGACACUUCUGAUGAUCUUGACCGACCCAGUUUACAGGAGGAAGCUUUCUCCAGGGAUCUUUCAGAAUUUCCAUCUCUAGAAAAUGGCACAGGAACAAAUGAUGAAGAUGAGUUGAGUCUUGGCUUGCCCAUCCAGUACAAGAGAAAAAAAGAGCCCAUGGACAGUGGUCACAGACAGAGCAGAGAGAAGCAACCAACAGCUGGUCUCACCCUUCCUUUGAGCAGUGACCAGACCAUUCACUUGAUGGGAAAUCUCGCUGGUGAUGUCAUUGUAGCUGCAAUGUCUGCUGCUAUCAAAGACCAGUUGCAACAAGGAGUUCAGAGGGCUUCUUCCCAGUCAGUACCUAGCCCAGGAGAAGACACAGACACAGAAGAAGGUGAUGAUUUUGAACUACUGGACCAGUCAGAGCUCGAUCAGAUUGAGAGCGAACUGGGACUUACACAAGACCAGGAUGUAGAACCUCAGCAAAAGAAAUCUUCAGGCUUCCUUUCAAAUCUGCUGGGAGGCCAUUAACUUGGGAAUCAGAGCUUGCAACAGAGCAGAAAUAAACCACAAAAAAAUUUAAAACAAACAAAAAGGAAAAAAAAGAAAAUUAUAUGAGCUGUGAGCUUUAACUAUUACUUUAGAUUUGUUGUCCUAUUUUCCCUUCUGCAGUGAAUUAACUGGAUAUAUAUCAGCUGAAACUGAAAAUGUAAUGUUUCUGAUAAUUAUACCUUGACCUAGUAGCAUGAAAAUGAAUUCUAUAUCCACUGUGUUGUCAGAGAGGAAUGUUAGAGAUUUUUCUUUAAAAGGAAAAGGCCAGAUUUUAGAGUGAUACCUCCAAGUAUUCUCUAUUCUUUUCAUCAUACUUCACCUUUCAAGCCUGCAAGGCAGUUUAUUGUGACACAAUGAGAUAAGACAAGUGUUGCAGACAUAAUAUAGCUUUAUGCUAUCCUUUCCCUCUAGUAUUUCGAAAGUUUUAAGAAUUUGAUGUUAAAAAAUCCUUCCAUCCUGUUAUUUUUAAAUUUAAGAACAUGGACAGCACUGUCAAAAUGAACUAGGAAAAUAAAAUUAUUUUACAUAAAGCAUUCUUUUAAACUCUUUGAAUAGGCUGAUACAUUUCCAGGUUUUUUCUGCAGUUGUAGGCUUAUAGAUUUGUAAAGUGGCCUGCUCCUAAAUUGAUUGCCAUCUCUAGCCUUGCAACUAGAGAGAUUAUUAACCCAGAAAAAGCAAGUGUUGCUGUCAUGAAGAUGCUGAUCAUGAUGUAAACAGAUAAAAUUUCAGUUGCACUUUGUUUUCUGUUUAUCAUAUGCUUGUGGUAGGGAUUUCGUGAGUGCUGAUGUUUAACAUAAACAGAUCUUCUUCCUACCCAGACAUGGUUUGAAGAUAUGUUCAUCUCCUAGUUAACUGAGGAAAUAGUAGCCACGAAAACCAUGGUGAAUGUCAGCAGCUUAGCAGAAUUAUAUAGUCCCAUACCCAUGGUCUGGGUAGUUAAAGCAAGAGAGAAAUUUACAUUGUUUGGAAAUGUAUUUAUUUGUCAUUUUAAGUCUACACAUGAUUGAUGAUUUGGGUUCUGGAAUAGAUUUUAUCUAUCAAAAUAUUACAAAAAAACUUUUUGGAUCAUCUUUAAAUAACUAAAUUUGUUAGAAGGAACAGAUUUGUUAUUAAGGAACAAAGAAAGACAUUAAGCCAAUUUAGUAAUGUGAAACAAGCUUUGAGAAGGGUUGAGGGACCAUGUCAGCUAUUAACAAAAAAACCCAUUGUAGCUGGCAUUUUGAAAGAUGAACAUGGUCACCUGGGACCCUCAGAAAGGAAGGAUAAUCCCAGCAUAUAGGAAGCCUAUUUUUCUCUCCUUUUCUUUUGUUUACCUGCCUUAUCUUCCUAAAGAAUAAUCACAGGUAAUUAGUCCUACAUUUUAAUGUAGUGUACCUUAUUUAUUUAUUUUUCUUUCUGAGGUAUUAAAAAUCUAGACUGAAUUUGCCAAAUAUUGUAGGGAGAAAAGUUUCAUAAGACUUUUGACAUUUCCUAAUUGUCGUUGCCGUGCUUUUGUGUCCGUAGGUGCCUCGUGGCUGUGUUUGCUUGUCCUUUAUUGGUACAAAGUGAGUCUGUGCCUUUGUUAUCUUGCCCAUUCUGGAACAAAGGAAAAUUACUCUUAUCAGCUAAAUUGUGUGGUUUUGGGGAAAUAUGUCCUAAUUCCAUUCAAUGAAAAUUUCUGGACAUGAAGAAAAGGUUACAUAAUAAUAUAACAAUAGUUUCAAGUUUUUUUCUUCAUGUGCACUUCCUCACAAAAACAUUCUUGUCCAGGAAGUCCAAACAUCAUAUAUAUAAGCCAUUUCAAUUUCUCAGCUGAGAAAAAAAUGCAGGUUUCCCCCUCUCCCCUUAGAAUACCUAUAAGACAAUCCAGGUAGUUAUAAAAGUACAAAGAAUACAAGAGGACAAGUCUAACAGAAGAUUGUCAAGAGUUGACCUGUGUGAUGGAAUAAACAGUGAAAAGUUAGCAUCAAAUGUUUAAAAAUUAUAAAUUCAAAAGGGCUUUGGGGUGGGGUGGGAGUUGGCUUGGGAAAAGGUGUUACCAGGAUUGCAAGUAUAGUAGAUGAGACAUACUAGCUUUCUUUAAACAGUGGCAUUGUAAGCAAGUGUGCACUUUAAUGCUAUUUGCUCAAAAAAUAAAUGUGAUUAUAAUGUAUCCAACACAGCAAACUCUUCUCAAAAUGUUAAUUAAACCGAGAAACAUAUAAUGAAAGGAGUAGUUGUCGAGGCUUUUUGUAUAUAAUCCUUUUUCUGGUUUUGAGAUAUAGUUGUAAAACAGUUGUGCAUUUGCCCUUGUGUUUGAGAACUCGUGUGUUGUGUCAUCUGGCACAUUUUUUUAAAAAAUGGCAGUUUCCCCACCAGGGAUCUCGCUACACAUGCUUUAUCAAUACCGUGGCAUUGUAUCUUUCCCCUGUUAAAAAUCUCCUAUCAAAUCAAAAAGAAUUCAGUCAAGGUGAACCAGGUGUACCUUUUCAAUCCUAAAUGUGUUAGAAUAAUUGUUCUCUAAUUUCAUGCAGAACACGCCGAGUUACAGUACAUAAUAAUACAGUAGAGAUGAUUAUAGACUGUCUUAUAAAAUAACAAAAUAAGGCUGGAAAAGUGGAGGUUUACUAUUUUGGAAGAUCAAAUUGGACUUUGGAGAAAAGACUAUUUUCCCAUUUUGAAAGGCCUUUGAUUCUUGCUUAUCCUAUUAGCUUAAAAAUAGAUUCUUCCCUACCAAGGACCUUUUUAGAAUCAUAGACUAUAAGAGCUGAAAGGGACCUUAAAAUCAUCUAAUCUCAUCCCUUCAUUUUACAGAUAAAGAAACUGAGGCCCAGAGAGUAGAACGUAAGCUCCUCUGAGGGCAAGACUCAAUUGGGGGACUUGACCUUUGACUCCCCAGUGCCCAGCACAGUGCCUAGAAUAUUACAGGCAUUUAAUAAAUGCUUAUUCAUUUGAAUUAAUAAAGAAACAUUUGUUUUACAACCAUGUAGCAAGGGAGGGGGGGAGCAAUGAUCUUUAAUAAAAUGAAACUUUUGGUAUAAAAAAUUGAGAGAUCUUGUUGAAAUUUCCUACAUUUAAAGGGGGAGGGGAUAAUCACACAUCCCAGAACAUGUUAAAUUUAUCUUGGAGUUUAAAGCAAGACAUUUAAGAGAAACAAAGCAACUUUGACAUUCAUAAUAAGAACCAUUUGUUUAAGAAAUGUGUGCUUAAUGUUAACAUUUUUCCAGCAUUUGUGCAGAGUUGCUGUCCUUGGCAUUGUGGGAAGGAACAUUAAAUUUGAAAUGGUUGUUGCCUUCUUGAAGUUUACUGUUAAGUUCAGGGGGUCAGGCUGGGGUAUUUUAAAUACUUUUUUGAUUUGAAUACUCAAAUUGUCCUGCUAUAGUUGGUGGCAAGAGUGGAAUUAUUCUGGGAUAUUCGACUGAACUACCAUUUAAUGUUAGAUGGUAAUGCUGGAUGGUCCAAAAAUUAGAUUUUUAUGCAUUCCUAUCCCUUCUUUCCACUACUGUGUUAGUCUGUCUUAAGCUAGAUGGAAAUAAGCAAAUUUGGGAUCUGUUUCUAUUUUUAUGGCCUGAAGCAAAUCACUUCACUGCCCAUGUGCCUCAGUUUCUCCUUCCAUAAAAUGAGGAUUCUACUACUUAUUCCCACUCUACCUCACCAUGAUAUUGUGAGAACAAAUGAGAAAGUUAAUUCUUCAGAUAAAAGACACUGUGUAAACCAACGUACUUAUUAUUUGACAAUGUUAAUUAUGAUGCCUUCCUUUUGAGCAUUAAAAUAAAGGCAUAAUAUGCCGGUGCCUACUCAAAUGGAAAUUCUUCUAAGAUUUUCACAGCUUAGCACAAAUGCAGACUUUCUUGAAUUGAAUUGGUUUUAUUUUUUGAGUGUUUAUGAAGGAAGGCUGAAUGAUAAUUUGUGAUAAUUGAGCAGAAUCUUAUGAAAUAUUAAAAUCUGUUUUUAUUUAGUUUGGAUUUAUUAUUCAUUCUUAACUGAAUAAGAAAAACCUUGGCCUAAGGAGAACCCCAGAAGUCAGUUGGUCUAUUCAGACUAAAGUCUCUGAACCAAACACUGUGACAGAUAUCUAAGGGUUAAUUCAAGUUUAUCAUGAAUGUACUCCAUGAAUCACCUGUAGACUCCAUAUAUCCAGAUAACCAGAAAUUUAGGAGGUUGCAAAAUGUCUUAAAACUUUAUGGAAGUAUCCUUUGCAGCACUUUACUUAAAAUGAAUGUUUUAUAAACAUGGAAUAAUUGAUAGCAAUUGUUUGUAAACCAUUUAAUAAAUGUCUGUUAGUUUUUACCUUU